GUCAUUUUCCAGACAGCUUCUCUUAGUUCAGGAAGGGGAACAUGACCAUGGUGUGAAGGCAGACUAUCCCUACAGCUAAGCUGAUUUGGCACCAAAUUGUGUCCUCUCUCACAAGGCUUUUAUUGAGUUGCAACAUCCUCACCUUGUAAAGUUGAACUUUCCUGUAUGUCACCAGAGAUACUUGAUUCCAAGAGCAUUCAAGAAACUGCAAGGCAGCAGCCAUGGUCCCUUCCCAGACCCUGCUGUGUGCUGCAGUGCUUGCCCUGGCAGUCCUACAGGCCCUGGCCUCGGACACCUUCAUUGCAGCUGUGUACGAGCACGCCGUCAUCCUGCCACGCACUGCUCACAAGGUUUCUCCUGAUGAUGCUUUGGCCCUGAUGAACAAAAACAUGGAUGUUCUGGAAAGAGCUAUUAAAGAAGCAGCCCAGCAGGGUGCCCACAUCAUUGUGACUCCCGAGGAUGGCAUUUAUGGCUGGGUUUUCACGAGGGAAACCAUUUACCCCUACCUGGAGGAUAUUCCUGAUCCGGAGGUGAACUGGAUUCCCUGCACUGAUCCCACCAGAUUUGGUCGAGCACCAGUACAGGAACGACUCAGCUGCAUGGCCAGGAACAACUCCAUCUAUGUAGUUGCAAAUAUUGGGGACAAGAAACCAUGUAAUUCCAGUGAUCCCAAGUGCCCGAGUGAUGGUCGCUACCAGUACAACACUGACGUUGUCUUUGACUCAGAAGGGAAACUGGUGGCUCGUUACCACAAGUAUAAUCUGUUUAUGUCAGAAGCAAAACAUUUUAAUUACCCGAAAGAGCCGGAAGCCAUCACCUUUGAGACUCCCUUUGGGAAGUUUGGCAUUUUCACUUGCUUUGACAUCCUUUUUCGGGAGCCUGCCGUGGUGCUUGCGAGUGAGCUACAGGUGGACACAGUGCUCUUCCCAACGGCCUGGAUGAAUGUUUUGCCCUUUCUGACUGCUGUGGAGUUUCAUUCAGCAUGGGCAAUGGGCAUGGGAGUCAACUUCCUAGCUUCCAAUACUCAUAACACCAUCAUGUCUAUGACAGGGAGUGGUAUUUACGCACCAGAUGGAGCCAAAGCAUAUUACUACAAUAUGAAAACUGUGGAUGGGCAUCUCCUCAUUGCUAAACUAGAUUCACACCCGCACCUUUCUCCUGCCUCCCCUCCUGCUGUCAGCUGGAGCUUGUACGCUUCAAAUGUGGAAAGCUGCUUACCAGAUGAAAAAGAUUUCAGUGGACUCAUCUUUCAUGAUCAGUUCACUUUCACUGAGCUCACUAAGCCUGAGGGGAGUCUCACGGUUUGCCAGAAGGACCUCCGCUGCCACUUGAGCUACAAGAUGGCAGAGAAACGAGAAGAUGAAGUUUAUGUGCUGGGUGCUUUUGAUGGGCUUCAUGUUGUUGAAGGACAGUACUAUCUGCAGAUAUGCACGCUGCUCAAGUGUAAGAGCACAGAUCUGAGCACGUGUGGGCAGCCAGUGGAGACUGCGCAGACCAAGUUUGACAUGUUCUCCCUCAGCGGCACAUUUGGCACUAACUACGUCUUUCCAGAAGUCUUGUACAGCGGUGUGCAGCUGGCCACUGGGGAAUUUGAGGUUCUGAAGGAUGGGCGUCUGAUAAGUAAGACAGCACCAACAAAACCAGUUGUUACUGUGACGCUUUUUGGACGAUGGUAUGAAAAGGAUCCUCCGAAACAAGAUCCACAACCGACAGCCUCCCUGUGAUAUUACCAUAACUGAAGGUGUACUCUAAUAAUCCCAUGUCCAAAUGAGAUGCAUUAUUGUCUACUAAAGUAAUGAGGAUUAUGUUCUUACUUCCUGUGGAACAAACUUCUUAAUGCGUUCUGAUUAAUAAAAAUGCAGCAACAUGAUUGAUAUCA